AAGCUAUCAAGCCGAAAUAUAAAUUUAAAUCUUUUGCCGUUAAAAAUUUUGAUAAUGAACAAGACAAGACUAUUUACGUAGUCUAUUCAUCGCCUUAACUAUUUGACUUAACAAAAAUUAAACUACUACCACCAAUUACAUUUAGAAGAUGCAGAUUGUCGUGUAAUAAAAUGUAAACAUUGAUUGAAUUGGCAGGUGUAAGAUGGAACUUGACUGCGUAACAGUUCAAAAUCAAUUGCCAGUAGUCCGUUUUAAGAAAGUGAUAAUAUUCAUAUCAGUUGUAGUAAUGUCAAUUGGAACGAAUAACAUAAAAUCGAGGCAUCGAAUCCAUGAACUAAAAUUAGCCAGUUCGUGACUAAGAUAUUUUUGCAAUGACGGUGCAAAAUCAGCAGAUUCACUCUAUUUUGUUAUGAAUUGAAAUUUAAAUAAAAACGCUGCGCACAAUCCAUAUGCGAGUACAACUGCAUUCGCGUGUGAGUGAUAACAAUUCUAUAUCUAAGAAUGCGUUUGAAGUCAUGUUGUUGGAAUGCAACUCAUAUCAAUCCAAGAAUAUUUAUAUAUUUUGGAUGAUUUUAAAGGCUAACUUUUCGACAGCUAAAAAUCUCGUGACAAUUAAUAAAAGGCCAUCCCCUGCGGAGAUGAAGGCGUGGAAAUGCGCAAAAAUACUUGUCACGAUCGCCAACAAUAAAUUAUUAUUGAGUACGUAGGCUCGAUAAGCGUUGACCCCGCGGGAGCUUCAUUCUCGCGAGCUACCGAAGCUGCGGCAGGGGCUAGCUCACGCAGUUGUUGAUCGGACGCGCUCUUGGGGGAAGAAAAUCGCAGCUCUUGGAAUGCGCAUUUUCUCCGCAUCAUACCAAUGGCUAAAAUUGAUACGGUCGAAGAGGGUUACAUUUCUCAGCCUAUUCAUUCUAAUUUGAUGGCUAAAUCUUCAGCUGAAGAAUUGAAGAUUUCUCAAAAACGUAUGGUGUUUUUCAAGACCUUUGUUUUGGCUAAUUUAAUUAUCAUCUUGAUAUUUUGCUGCUACGCUGUAUACAGUAUUUAUUCCUUCAAAACAAACAUGCGACCGAAAGAUUACAAAAUCCACGCUGGCGAAUAUCACAUAAUCAGAUCACAUUCUAGUUUACGUGAAGCUAAAAUCAAAGAAAAUGUUAAUAAUACAGAAGUAAUAGAGGACUGGAGAGAAUCCAUCAUACCUAGCUUAGAGAAUGCUGAGAAGGACAACAACACUUCGUAUAAUUUAAAAUCUUUGUUUCAAACGAUAACAAGUCUUGUGAAAAAUUACACCUACAUCGACGAUGACAAAAGUAAAAGUGAAUCGAAGAAAAUAUUAAAAACAAACCUCUCUGGUAUCGAAAUUAACAUGUUAAAAGAGCUCGCGAAACUAAAAAAGAGACCAAGGUUGCGGCGCACCAUCAAGAGUGACGGAGAGGACGACUCAGAGUGCGAUCUUAAAUUUACUCUCGUAACCAGCAGUGGGAUACCGGCUCAACUAAUUUUAGAGGCACCACAACGAAAAAGAUUCCAAGAUAAUAGCUAUUUUAGAAUAGUUCUUGUGAAAAAUAAUAAUUACAAUAAAAUAGAGUGCACCUUGAAUUUAAAUUAUCGAUCGCACGAAAGAACAAAACGAUAGAGGA